GGAGCUCUACGAGGUUCUCGGCGGUGACCAGGUUGGGCAGAGUUUACCUCCUGCUCGGCCAGGCCUCACCGCUGGGGUCCCCCUCGUCUCGAGCUGCAUUGUGCAGAAAGGAGUCUUUGGUUCCUCAUACUGUACACGGUGCUCUCACUAUGAGGAACGACGGCGGCGCCGCGUUGGCUGCAUCUCUUGUGGAGGCAGCGGUCCGCGCUGCUGUUCAGGCAGGUGCCCCGCGCAGGACUGUCGCAGCCGCCGCGGCUGCCGUGGCCUCGGUCAUGGCGGCGACGCGGUGUGGCGUUGGUCCGGCGCAGGGCGCCCCUGAUCCCGCUGCCGCCGGUUCGGCCGGAUCCCGGCGGCAGCGGAGGAGGCUGAAGAAGAAAACUAUGAUGUGCAGGUCGGGGCAGGAUGCUGUCCUUGGGGGGCCUGUCGGGCAGACCCUAAAGGCUCAGGAUGUUGAUCAUGAGAUAUCUUGUUAUCACAGGUCCAGUGUUGAUCAUGGCGCCUCUGAUUUUCAUGUUGGGAGCUCUUCAUCUAGGCGAGUCCAGUGUUCUGAAAGAGGAGUUGCAUGAUGAGGAGUUGCAGGGUGAGGAGUUGCAGAAGGAGGAGUUGCGGAAUGAGCAGUUGCAUUAUUCUCAUUAUAAAGGUUCUAUGACUUCACACCCUGGGAGUUCCACGACUGGGGGUUUAUCUAAUGCAGUUGUGAGUUCAGCAGUGACGGAGGACGAGUGUCAAGCUGCCAGGGACUGGGCCCUUGCCGGUGUCGAUGUCAGUGCUCUUUGGCGUGAGCUACACCGACUCCCGAGACAGGAGUUUCAGCGUAGGGCUGAGGCUCUUCAUGCAUACAGGCUGCAAAUGGGAAUUGAAAGUUCCGAGGAGGAUGAUUCGCAACAAGGGGGUCCUCAGAGUUCUACUUCCAGGAGUGCAUUGACGCGGAGCGGCAAGAAGCAUCGGAAACGGCACAGAGGAUGCACAUGUGAUUGAUCCUGCACGCUUGAUUUGUCAUUGCGUUGCCUUUCUUCAUGCCUGUGUGUGUUGUCGUGCAUGCGCGUGUGUUGAAUAAGAGCUUCGCUUGAUCCCUCAAAGUAGGUCAUUCGUUGCUUCCUUGAUUCGAGUGCUCAUUGACCUUUGAACGUGACUUUCCGUGAUUUGUCACGUGGUGCCUCAAAGUAGGCCUUUGAUCUGGUCGACACUACGGUGGCGCAAAUUCGUUGUUGUGUUUCACGUGCAUGGUCUUUCAGUGGUGCUGAGACGGUAAUCGCUAUAUGUGGUUACUGCAUGGUCUCGCAUUGCCUUGAAGUGUACUCGUCCUUUUAGUUGUUAGUUUUGUGUCUGUCUCAGUGGUGUUGAGACGGUAAUCGCUGUAUAAUCCAGUGGUUACUGUAUGGUCUCUCACUGCUUUUAUUUUCAGUGGUGCUGAGACGGUAAUCGCUAUAUGUGGUUACUGCAUGGUCUCGCACUGCUUUGCUUCCUUCUUUCUAUUCUUAUUUGUCUUCUCGCGUAUUGGCAGUCUUGUGCAUAUCUGUGCAGCUUCGCUGUUUGAUGCACCUCUGCUUUAAUCUUUGCAGCUUCGCUGUCUUCCUGUACAGCUUCGCUGUUUAGGUUCUUUGUGUUUAGGCCUGCUCCCAUGGGAGCUCGAACCGGCCUUCGCAAAAGACGCAAAAAUACCAGGUUGACGGUUCACCGCCGGCGCCAGUUGG